AUGGUUGUUGGAGACCUGAAUGCCAAGCACAUAGAGCUUGGUUACAGGGUAACCAAUGCGCAUGGUUUGGCUCUGAAAACUCUGGUUGAAGACCUCGGGCUGGAAAUCCGGACUUCAAGUGAGCCAAACCACAUCGAUUCGCGAGGCGGACGAGACUGGCUAGGGCUUGCUCUGGUCAGUCCUGGAAUGCUAAAUUGGGUUAGUAAAACAAUUUUAUUGCCCAAUAUUGGAAGCGACCAUCUGCCUCUAUUGCACGAACUCCGCGAACCAGUCCCUCAAAGGGUUCCGGGAUACUUCAACCUCCGGUCGGGUUCUUGGGCCAACCUGGAGAGGUUCAUGGCCAGCAGGUUGCCCUCACUUCUGGUGGGGAAUACCUGUGCCAAUAUACGUGAGUUGGAGGCGUUAGAUAAUGGAAUCAAUGCUGCCCUGACUGAUUAUAUGCGAGAUAAUUUCAAACAGAACUCAGUGCAGGGUCAGUCACAUUCCACGCUCCCAUACCGGGUCUUAAAUAAAAUUAAGUUUAAGCGCCGGCUAUCCAGACUACGGGACGAAUGCGUUUACGAGGAAAACCGUGUUUGGUUUCGAGGCUGGAUUAGCCGGCUUCAGAGGGAGAUCAGAAGAGAAAUCCGCGAACUCGAAAGUUCACGGUGGGAGCGAGCCUGCAGACGCGUAGACGCCCGCUUCCCGGACUUCUGGAAACAGUUGAAGAGCUUGUCGGGGAGAGGGGUAGCAAAUUCAGUGCGCCUUAAACGCUCUGAUGAAACCCUUGUUUCGGACCCGGUUGAGGUGGCUGAAAUAUUUUCGACCCACCUCGAUAACAUCUCUGGAACUGAAGGAAGCCAGUUCGUGGAGACAUCGUCCUUUGAUACUGUCCAGCAGAUGUUGUCGUGGGACAAGCGCUGCCAGCUGGGCAUAUCAAGGAACGAUGCAAGCGACAUUUCCGAAGCGGAGAUUCUGGCAGCGAUCUCCCGAAGUAAGAACACUGCGGCGGGUCUGGACCGGAUCCCUAUGGCUAUCUUUAAGAAGGCCCUGCCGUUGUUGAUCACGGCUUUACAGGUCUUGUUUAGCGGGAGCUUGCGACUUGGGAUGAUCCCCUCUAGAUGGAAAGUGGCUGAGGUAAUCCUUAUCGGAAAACCCAGGAUGCCUCAUGAUGUCCCUGGGGGAUAA